GGCGGAUCAGUACGUGGAGGCGGCGCUGGUGGGCGGGCUGAGCUCUUCUUUGGCUGGUGCUGCUGCUGCUCCUUUAGAUGCAGCAAGAGCUGUUGUUGCGCAGCAAGCUGGAGACCCCCGCUUCUCAGGCGUUUUGGGGGUGGGGAAUGCGUUGAGAGAAGCAGCAGCAAAAGGGGGCCUCGGGGGCCUUUUUGCUUCGGCCCCGCUGCGGGUGCUGCUGGGUGGCUGCUGCGGUGCAGCAGCAGCAGCAUUUAACUUGAAGUGCAUGCAUGCGCUGGCCCGCCUAAGGGCUGCAGCAGACGCUGCUGCAGCAGACGCAGCAGCAGCAGCAGCAGCAGCGCGAAAUGCUGCUGCUGCGGCGUAG